AUGACACCAUCCCUUUCACCCUCUUCACUACCUUCACCACCUAGUGCACCUCGUGCUCAGCGCUUCAGAGAUGCGAUUGAGUUUUCUACCAGAACCGAAAAUGCAAUUAAAGCUGCGAACCAAAGAUAUCGCGAUGGUAUCGUUAGAUUCGUGGUCGCAGACUGGGAGAGAAAGAUUGGCACCCAAAUUAACCAGCAUCCAGAUGUCGAAGCGGCACCUUCAGAUGAGAGAGGAGCUUCACAUAACGAUAAUGUAAAGUCUUCAAGUGUUGUCACAACUACAAUCAAGACUUCCGAGUCGACUCGCGAUGUUUCAAAUAAGAGAACUCGGGCUUAUCAUCCUGGGGAUUCGGUUGGUGGAAAUGAUGAUGGCUUCGUUAAAUCCAGCAAGGCUGCUAAGGAAAAAGAGAAAGCUUUCUAG